CGCUCAGCGACGUCACCAAGAUGGCGCUGCCCAUGGCCAGGCGUGCGGUUCUGUGCCGGGUGAAGGGCGGACACCGGGGGCUGGGGAGCUCGGCCGCCAAGCGUGUGGAGCCGCGUGUGUUCUCGGGAAUCCAGCCCACCGGGAUCCCCCACCUGGGUAACUACCUAGGGGCCCUGCAGAGCUGGGCCCGGCUUCAGGAUGAGUUCAGCUGCGUUCUGUACAGCGUCGUGGACCUGCACUCCAUCACCGUGCCGCAGGACCCCGCAGCGCUGCGGCGCAGUAUACUGGACAUGACGGCGUGCCUGCUGGCCUGCGGCGUCCGCCCCGAGAAGAGCUGCAUCUUCCAGCAGUCGCAGGUGGCGGAGCACGCCGAGCUUGGCUGGAUCCUGAGCUGCCUCGUCUCCAUGCCCCGGCUCAAGCAUCUGCCCCAGUGGAAGAUUAAGAGCCAAAACCAGAAGAACGAAGGCAGCGUUGGGUUAUUCACCUACCCGGUGCUCCAGACGGCCGACAUCCUUCUGUACAGGUCCACGCACGUCCCCGUGGGGGAUGACCAGGCGCAGCACUUGGAGCUCACGCAGGACACGGCGCGCAAGUUCAAUAGCAAGUUUGGGGAUUUUUUUCCUGUCCCGAAGGCCCUCAUGAGCACCUCCAGGAAGAUACGGUCUCUUCGGGACCCGUCAGCCAAGAUGUCCAAGUCGGACCCUCAAAGACUGGCCACGGUCCGCCUGACCGACAGCCCGGAGGAAAUCGCGCUGAAAUUCCGGAAGGCCGUCACGGACUUCACGUCGGAGGUGACCUAUGACCCGGAGCAUCGCCCAGGGGUCUCCAAUUUGGUGGACAUACAUUCGGCGGUCACGGGUCUCGGAAUCGAGGACGUCGUGAGGCAAAGCCGAGGGCUGGAGACGGCUCAGUACAAGCGCUUGGUGGCGGACGCCGUUAUAGAGAAACUCGCCCCGAUCCGGGGAGAAAUAAAACGCCUCCAGGGGGACGCGGGGUUCCUGGGGCAGGUGCUGGACGGUGGGACGCGGAGAGCGCGGGAGCUGGCUGCCCCUGUAUACGAUUCAGUCUGUAAACUGGUGGGGUUAAGGUGAGGCUUCCGGGGGCCACAAAUGACUUCUCUUCUUUUUACUCCUCAUAUCAGAUUAAAAAUCCGUUUUCAUAAA